AUGGCCGCCAUGGCAUCCAUGGAACACGGCUACAGGCUCAACCUCCCAGGCGUCCAGAACUUCAUCGCCGGCCUGGUGCUCUUUGGCACUGUGGGUAUCUAUGUGGCGAUCUCCGCAUUAGGAGCUGGAGGCGGCAAGUCGACGUCGGUCGAGAUGAACAACAUCGUAUCCUCCGUCAACUACGGUGUCUUCACCGUGACCGGGUUCUUCGGUGGUUCCAUCAUCAACCGGUUCGGGCCCCGAUGGUCCAUCCUGCUCGGCGCGUUUGGCUACCCAUUCUACGUCGCCGGGCUGUUCUACUACGACCGUGUAGGGAACCUGGCCUUCCCCGUGGUGGGAGGAGCAGUGAUUGGAGCCACUGCCAGCCAGCUGUGGACGGGCGUCAACUACAUCGCCUUUGCCUACGCAGACGAGAACAACAAGGGCCGAUUCUACGGCACCCAGGCCGCCAUGAAGGCCGCCGGCAACGUGGUCGCCAGCGCCCUGACUCUAGGGCUCACGGCCAACAACCGCAGCAGCUCCGGGGUCCCUACGGCAGUGUAUGUCGCCUUCAUCUGCAUCAUGUUGGCCGCCAUGGCGCUGGCCGUGCUGGUGGUCAAGCCGGAGAAAGUGCGCCGCAGGGACGGGACCGCCAUCGCCAUCUUCCACCAUGACUCCUUCAAGCAGGAGUUCCAGGCGGUUGCACGGCUUGUCUUUGAUCACAAAGCCAUGCUCCUUGUUCCCUGCCUGAUCGUCGCCGACUUUCAGCUCAUUCUGCAGCCGCAGAUUAGCGCCAAGUUCUUCAAUACCAGGACUCGCAGUCUGUUGACCUUUGUGGCUGCCAUUGUCGAAGUCAUCGCCACGUUAGGCUUUGGCCUGCUUCUUGACCACCCGGCAUGGCCACGCCGUGUCCGCGCCAAGGUGGGCAUUCUUCUCAUGUCGCUCCUCAUCUUCGGCAUCUACAGCGGCGAGGCCGGCUGGCUGUUUCGCGUCAUCUCCGCCGCCGAGCUGGCCUCCGAGCCGGCCUACGACUGGACCGAUCCGAGCUUUGCCGGCUUCUUCGUCAUCUUCGUCGUCUUCAACACGCUCGGUUCCGUCGCCCCCGUCUACAUCGCCUGGCUGCUGGCCUCGUUGACCAACGACCCCAAGAAGUCGGCCGCGUACGCGGGCUUGUUGCGAUCCGCCAUGGCGGCCGGCGUGGCCAUCGGGUUUGGCAUCGCGAGUGCCGGCGUCACUAUUCGGACGCAGUUCGUCAUUCAGAUUGUCACGCAGUUCUUGGCCAUCGGGCCCCAGAUCUGGGUGGCCUUUCGAUACGUGCGCGACACAAACUAUGGAUUGGAGGAUGAUGUGAUUAUCCCUGAGGAGGUGCUGGAAGGCAUUGAGAAAGUCACCAUGUCUGCCGUGCCGGAAAAGGGCCUCUCUUGACUCUAGGCGCAGAAACAGCGGCUAUACUACGCGCCCAAUUCAAACCAAAUAGAUUGAAGUAAUGUGCUAUAAACCUGCCAUCUUCCAGCCCUACUCUAGGUCAUAAAUAAGUUGUUAUUACUAUAUCUAGUCUAUUAAUUUACUAUUAUACUGUGCUC